UCUGGAAAGACCUUCGUUUGAUUUGAUCUCAAAGGAAUGUAUCUCUGGAUUUGAGGAGGAGUUUCGAGUGAGAUGGCUAUUUAAACCCUUUCUGAAAGCCCAGGUGCAUCAGGGUUCAAGACUGAAGAACAAUGCUUCUCCUCCUGCUGCUCGCAAUUGCUGUCCUGCCUUCUUCUGGUCAGAAUGCCAGUGGAACAGUCAACAGUGAUGGAAUCUGCGAAUGUUCUGUGAUUUUGCCCGACAACACGUUCCCAGUGCAAAGAAUGGAGUAUUUGGAAAGAACAUCAUGGCGGCUCAAUAUCAGUGUGCAACAAGAAAUCAACAAGGUGAAACAAUACGCACAGACCCUCUCAGUCCACACAGCAAAGCUGCUGAACCUGACCCGGCGAGUGGAGAGAAUCGAGACAGGAGGCUCCUACACCCAGCUCGACUUUGAGCUGCUUAAACUGGAGAUCCGAGAGCUGGUGUCACUCACCAAUCAGCUGAAGGUCACGAUCAAUGGAAGCAACACCAUCAUCGACCAACUUUACAUAGAGAUUGAGAAUAUUUCACGUACAGUAAACGAGCUGGAAUCUUACGAUAAGCUCAAUGUGCUGGCGAUCCGCAGGGAAAUUACAUCCCUGAGAAAACGACUUAGUGACUGUGAAGAGCAUCAAGUCCCAACUCCUCAACCCAUUGACUAUGGGAGCUGCAAUCAUGGUGGUAUACUCAAUGUGACUGAGCCUUUCGUGACACAGCUGAACUGGCUGGGAUUUAAUUAUAAGUUUGGAGGGUGGGGCAAAGACCCCACUCCCCUUCCCUCUAAAAACCAGCUGUACUGGGUAGCACCACUCGUCAAUGAACAAAGGCUCGACAAGUUUCGGAUCUACUCUUCAUACGACGAUUUACUGCUCUACAGGAAUCCAAUUGAGAAAACACUUGUGAUUCCAGGACGUUACCCCAACUAUGGAAACACAGGGCAGGGAAGCGGGAUGGUCUUGUACAAUAACACCUUGUAUUACAACUGUUACAAUACUAGGGACAUGUGCAGGGUUAAUGUAGACACGGGGACCGUGCAGAGAGUGACCCUGACUGAUGCUGUCUUCAAUAAUAGGUUCUCAUAUCAAGGUGUUAAAUACCAGGACAUGGACUUUGCUGUGGAUGAAACUGGCCUGUGGGUCAUUUACUCUACCGAUGAAAAUGCCGGGAACAUGGUUAUCAGUAAAAUUAACACAACAUCCUUCACUGUGGAGAGGACAUGGUUCACUAGACAGUUCAAACCUGGUGUGACCAAUGCCUUUAUGAUCUGUGGGGUGCUGUAUGCGAUUAGACCAGUGAGCACACGAGUGGAGGAGAUUUUCUAUACGUUUGAUACCAGAACUGGUGAGGAAGGUACGCUUGCUGUAAAGAUGGAUAAGGUGAUGGAGAUCUUACAGAGUGUUAGCUACAACCCCGCUGAUCACAAACUGUAUGUCUUCAAUGAUGGCUACCAGGUGACUUAUGAUGUUGUAUUUAAACCUUACGUACAGCUAUCUAACACAGCAUAGCGCAAACUGAUCAGCUUUAACAAUGAACAAGCUGAUCAGCUGAGGCUGGGAAUCACUGAGGUCAGGGUCCAAAUUUGAGCUUUUAUAGCUGAAUCUUGGACUGUAUUCAGUCUCCAAGUUAAUAUCAAUAUUUAAACAACAAAGCUAAUGGCUAUGCAAUUAAAAAUAUUCAAAUUGGAUGGACUGUGUUAGCCAAAGACCUCUUUUUUUCUUUCAUGGGAUGUAAGACAAGUAUGGGAGGGGAAUUACUUAUUGUCCAUCCUCAUUUGCUCUAAAUGGUGGUAGUAAGCUUUUUCUAAGACUUCAAUAGUCCUCUGGUGAAGGUGAAAAUCAACUGUAGUUGGGCUGUGAAUUCCAGGAAUAAAACACAAAAAUCACUGAAUAGAUCAGUCAGCAUCCAUGGGGAGAGAUACAAAGUGGUCGUUCUAGAUGGAUAACCAUUUGUUAAAGCUAGGCUGUGAAUUCCAGGGCUUUGACCCUGUAACAUUGAAGGAAUGGCUAGUUGAAGAUGGGAUAUGAUUUGGAGAAAGUAAAUAAAUGGUUGUGUUCCCAGUAACUUAUUCCCUCAUCUUUUUAGGAGUAUUCAAUGCAUUGAUCUAUUUUAAGCUGUCACAAUAUGUAGGUACAAACGUGUACUCAGCCUAGCACUGGUCCAGUACUGAAGAAAAUUAGCUGGUUGACAUGAAAUCUUCUUUGGUACUCUAUACUUUGGCUGAAACUUUUCUUGAAUCAAUCACUUCAUGUCUGGAAAUUCCGAGUAGAUUCAGCUCUAAUGUUCAAUGUAACAAAAGCCACCUCAGUCUCAGAAUUCCAUUUGGCCAACUGACAGGCAAUUACUUAAUGUUGAAGUUUGGUUACUGGACAGGACCUAAUCUAUUGAUGGCAAAGACCUGUUAGUCUGUCUUAGUGAGUUGAUUGUGGGACAAGUAUUAAUUGGCACACUGGGAAGGAAUUCCCAUUUCUUCAAAUCUGUCCUUGAAUCUUUUACAUCCAAUGAAAAUGUCCCAUUCAAAACUUUUCUGUGAAACAGCAGGUUAGGCAGUACAACACACCAUCAGCAGAUCAGUCUAAGGUAUGCAGAACUGAUUAAUUAUCAUGUUUUAAUUGGUUUGCAUAUACUUGAUAUAAUAUCUACAACACACAGUGACCAUAAUUCAAAUGUAAGUGUAAAUGGAGCAAACCCAGAGGGUAUCUGGAUCAACUGAAUUUUCCUUUGAGAGGAAUCUAUUUCAGAUCUAGUAUGUGCUCCUUACAUCUGUUUCCAUCUUCUUCACAUGUAUCAGUGAAGUGAAUUAUUGGUUAUGGUUUAAGCUGACAUGUUUUUAUAUGCACCAUGAAAUGUAAAUAUAUUAAUAAACAUCAAAUUUGA